AUGCCGACUCGCAACCUGGCUUGCUCGUAUGCGCAGACUACGAAAGUUCCCAGUCGUCAGCUCUUGAGGAGUACAGCGUCUCCAAAUGCAGAUACAAGCGUUCAUUCGGGGCUCCAGCUGUCGAGCAAUACUUCCGGUCUUGAUGUCGGCACCGGUACGCCGGCUGAGCUCCUGCGAGAAGCAGAGUUGACGCAAACAUUACUCUCCCUCUAUUUUCAGAACUUCAAUGAUAUUCAUUUCAUGUUUGACCAAACUAUAUUCCUUCGCCGUUAUGUUCUCGGCGAUAUCCCGAAGGUGCUCUUGUUCGCCAUAAUGGCGUUGGGUAUUCGAUACUCCCACGCACCUUUUCAGAGCCCUCGUUUGCGUCCACACUGGGGAGAGCCAUUGUAUAACGAAGCACGACAGCUAUUGAAAGAGGAUUUUGAUCACCCAUCGCCGACCACAAUCCAAGUCUACGUGCUGCUUGCUACCUACAACCUGACUUUUGGAGGUGCAAGGAAGGCAUGGAUCUUCUUGAGCUUCGCUCGCAGCUUUGUGAGCAUAUUGAAACUUGACCAGCCGGCUAGCGACACGGAUCCUGUGCAAGCCGAGCUUUGCCGACGUUUGGUUGCGACAGUUGCCUUAAUGGAGCAUACAUUUCCCUCGGGUUUGAAUAUGGGCCGGCCUUUCCCGCCAGUGCAUACCCUACCCCGGUUAUACGCCGAGGAGGAAUUCGAUGUGAUCAAAAACCCUGCUUUUGCAGCCGCCAAUCUCCACCCGAUGCCAUGCAUUGCCCAGGAAAUACUUACCCUCUCCGAGUACUAUCAUCAAGCAUGUCAAAUUUUCGACACCCCAACCCCUCAAGGGUUGGAAGCGCUUGAGCAACGGUUAUCACAGUGGCAAGCCAGUCUGGAUGAAUCCCUUGUCUUCAAUCGAGAAAAUCUCGAAGUUCACCUACAGAAGUUCGCUGUUCGCCCCUUCGCCUAUAUGCAUCUACUUUACGCGCACAUCUGGCAGCUCGCCCUUUUCGACUCGAUGGACUGGACCUCUGCCACGAUAGCUACUGCGUCCGAGGCAGGGAAACGCAUCCUUCCAAUAUACAAACAAGCUUCAAACAUCACCGGCAUUGUCCACCAGCUCUGGGAAGUUGCGCAGCUUGACCUGCACAACAACUGCUUUGGACAGAUCGCGAAAACGGCCCAAAUUAUACUUGCACAUCAGCUUUUGUCUACCACUGAUGCCCAAACCAUGGCCUGCUUGCAGACCGAGCUUCUCAUCCUCCGUGACUGUCUCAUCAGAGUUAAGGCCCAUUGUCGGCUUUACAACUGGGUGUUUGACCAAGCCGAGUGGUUCCUCCGCAUCUGCACUCAGGAUAGUUUCUUGCAAGGCUUGCAUGCCUGGAAGUCUGUGGUACGCUUCCAAGUAAUGUCGCUUGGGACUUGCUAUGAACGGCUGGACUACGAGACUGCUACGGAUUAG